AUGGCUGUGCAUGGCAUGGCCCCCCGGGCUGCGGCUCCGGUUCUCGGCCUGGCCAAGCGGGCGGCCACAACAGCCGCCCCGACUGGUCCGUCCACCUCCUUCACCCGCUCCUACUCGGCGCCUGUUGGCAACGCCGUCCCCGCCGCCAAGAAGAAGUAUGUGCCCUCGCACGGCACGUACCCACAGGGCUUCAAGGCCGGCGGCGUCGUCGUCGGCGUCAAGCCCAACAACACGACGAAGCCCGACCUGGCCAUGAUCGUGUCCGACGUGCCCUGCGCCGCCGCGGCCGUCUUCACCAAGAACCGGUUCCAGGCGGCGCCGGUGACGUUCAGCCGCGAGCUGCUGCGCAAAGCAGCGGCCGCCGACAAGCCGACGGUGCAGUCUGUGCUGAUCAACUCGGGCUGCGCCAACGCCGUGACGGGCAAGGGCGGUCUCGAGGACGCGGAAGCCAUGGCGAAGGCGUCGGACGCCUGCACAGGCACAGGCACUGGCGCCAGCUCGAGCUCGGGCACGAUUGUCAUGAGCACGGGCGUCAUCGGCCAGCGGCUGCCGAUCCAAAAGAUUGUCGACGGCGUGCCCAAGGUGUUUCGCAGCCUCGGCGACUCCCACGACCACUGGCUGACAGCCGCCAGGGCCAUCUGCACGACCGACACGUUCCCCAAGCUGCUGUCGCGCACGUUUACGCUGCCGUCGGCCCCCGCCGGCGUCGAGUACCGCAUUGCCGGCAUGACCAAGGGCGCCGGCAUGAUCCACCCCAACAUGGCCACGCUGCUCGGCGUGCUGGCCACGGACGCGCCCCUCUCGCAGGCCGCCCUGCCGUCGCUGCUCAAGCACGCCAUCGACCGCUCGUUCAACAGCAUCACCAUUGACGGCGACACCUCGACCAACGACACCGUGGCGCUGCUGGCCAACGGCGCCGCGGGGGGCCCCACCGUCGCCAACGACCCGGCCUCGCCCGAUUACCAGGCCGUCCAGGCCGUGCUGACCGACUUUGCGGCCGAGCUCGCCCAGCUCGUCGUCCGCGACGGCGAGGGCGCCACCAAGUUUGUCACCGUCCGCGUGACCGAGGCCGCCUCGGCGGCCGACGCCCGCCGCAUUGCCAGCACCAUUGCGCGGUCGCCGCUUGUCAAGACGGCGCUGUACGGCAAGGAUGCCAACUGGGGCCGCAUCCUGUGCGCGACGGGCUACGCGCUGAUCAGCGAGCCGGGCGCCGACGAGGUGAGCACCACGCCGUCCAUUGCGCCCAACCAGACCAACGUGUCCUUCCUGCCCACGGACGGCUCGGCGGAGCUCAAGCUGCUGGUGAACGGCGAGCCCGAGGCGGUCGACGAGACGCGCGCCGCCGAGAUCCUGGAGCUGGAGGAUCUGGAGAUCCUGGUGCGGCUGGGGACCGGCAAGGAGGAGGCGACGUACUGGACAUGCGACUUUAGCCACGAAUAUGUGACGAUCAACGGCGACUACCGGACAUGA